AUGUCCCCCGCGCGCCAGAUUUACCUGCUUCCAUUGAAGGAUGAUGGCUCGCCUGACGUACCCGGUGGGUAUAUCUACCUUCCACCCCCUGGUGAUGAGGGAUAUGUGCUGCGAUUCAUCAUCGAGGGCACCAGCUCCAUCUGUCGACAGGGGAGUCUGUGGGUCAACAUCCCGGAGGAGGGCAAGCCGUUCGAGCGCCGAUCAUUCCGCGAGUUCAGAUUAAAGCCCGAUUUCAACCGCAACAUCCAGAUCGAUCUCCCCGUGUCCAGUGCGGGCGCUUUUGCGUAUUACACAACGUUUUCCCCACUGCCGGAGCUCUCGGUUGAUCCUGUGCCCACACCGGAGCCGACGCAGACUCUAAUUCACUACAUAGAUGUCUCGCCAAAAUUGGUCCUGCAGGGCAAGCAUCUCCCACUCAAUGCACUCUCGAUUUUCUCGGUCAUUUCGAAGUUCAUGGGGCAGUACCCUAUGGACUGGGAUAAACAUCUUCAUGGCAUCAGUCAACGGAACUAUAAUAUGGUUCAUUUCACGCCUCUCAUGCAACGUGGCGAGUCCAAUUCCCCGUACAGUAUAUUUGACCAAUUAUGCUUUGACCCGGCGCUGUUCCUGAACGGAGAGGACGAUGUCGCCUCGCUGGUUUCCCGGAUGGAGAAAGAGUACGGACUCUUGACUCUGACGGAUGUUGUCUGGAACCAUACAGCCCACAACAGCAAGUGGCUAGAGGAACACCCAGAGGCUGGCUACAGUGUGGAAACGGCUCCCUGGCUUGAAUCUGCCCUAGAAUUGGAUACCGCAUUGCUGAAAUUCGGGGAGGACCUUCAGAGCUUGGGUCUACCAACGGAGUUCAAGACUACGGAAGAUCUGGUGACUGUCAUGAACAGUCUACGUAAGAACGCUAUCGAUGAACAUCGUUUAUGGGAGUACUACGUGAUUGACGUAACGGCCGACAAGAAAAAGAUCUGGGAUGCAUGGACGAAUGGAAAAACAGACCCGACAAGCAUUAAGCAAACUGACUUGCGCAAAUUCGGAGAACUGUUGCUCAAGGAGCAAGCCCAACUUGUUCGUGAGCACGGAAUUCCAAAAUCGAAGCAGGUUCUCGGACGAUUCGGACGUUCUGUGGAUGCUUCAUUCGGUGCCGCGAUUCUUACGGUCCUCCACGGCGACUACGGUCAGAACGCAUCCGAAGCCGAAGCGUCAUUAUCCAAACUCCUCGAUGCAGUCAACCUUCCUCUUUAUGAAGAAUACGAUGCAGAUGUUGCUGAUAUUAUGGAUCAACUUUUCAAUCGCAUCAAGUACCUGCGGAUUGAUGACCAUGGUCCGAAGAUGGGCCCUGUCAACAAAAAUAGUCCCUUAAUUGAGUCAUAUUUCACUCGCCUUCCUCUCAAUGAGGUCACCAAAAAGCACAACCCCAAGGCACUUUCCCUGGUCAACAAUGGCUGGAUUUGGAAUGCUGAUGCAAUGCGCGACAAUGCCGGACCCGACUCCAAGGCCUACCUGCGACGCGAGGUUAUUGUGUGGGGAGACUGCGUGAAACUUCGAUAUGGAAAUUCGCCGAAGGACAACCCGUUCCUUUGGGAUUUCAUGACCAGAUACACCCAACUUAUGGCGAAAUACUUUAAUGGUUUCCGUAUCGACAACUGUCACUCCACGCCACUCGUGGUUGCGGAAUACCUGCUGGAUGAAGCCCGCAAGGUUCGACCUGAUCUGACCGUCUUUGCAGAGCUCUUCACGGGCUCAGAGGAGGCCGAUUAUGUCUUUGUCAAGCGUCUCGGAAUCAACGCUCUGAUCCGCGAAGCCAUGCAGGCCUGGAGUACGGCCGAGUUGAGUCGCCUCGUACACCGCCACGGUGGCCGUCCAAUUGGUAGCUUCGAUGUGGACCUGCCCUCUGCUGGUAGCAGCCACGCCAUUGCAUCUGCCAAGGACGGUGUCGCCGAUGAAAAGAUCACGCAUAUUCAACCUUCCCCUGUUCAGGCUUUGUUUAUGGACUGCACCCAUGACAACGAAGUUCCUGCCCAGAAACGUGAUGCUAGGGAUACCCUUCCGAACGCUGCUCUUGUUGCGAUGUGUGCGUCUGCCACCGGGAGUGUGAUGGGCUAUGACGAAAUUUACCCCAAACUUGUUGACCUUGUUCACGAGAAAAGACAAUAUACGUCUCCCUUUUCAGGCUCCGAACAGUUGGCGGUUGGAUCUGGAGAGGGCGGUGUCGGGGGGGUGAAAAAGCUACUCAAUGAGCUGCAUACUAUGAUGGGGGUUGAGGGUUACGAUGAAACCCACAUCCAUCAUGAUGGUGAAUACAUCACGGUCCACCGAGUUCAUCCAAAGACCAGGAAGGGUAUUUUCCUCAUUGCACACACUGCGUUCCCGGGCAAUGAAAGUGGUGCGAUUCUGCCUCCGACACGCAUCACUGGCACCCAAGCCAAGCACAUUGGAUCCUGGGUGCUCGAAGUCGAUGCAAGUGAUGACACCAAGGCCAAAAUCUUAGAGGAUGACAAGUAUCUCAAGGGCCUUCCAAGCCACACACGCGAUAUUAAUGCCACUAAGAUUGAAGGCGAUGACAAGAAUGUAACGAUCUCCGUCCUCGAUAACUUGGUGCCUGGCUCUAUCGCUCUUUUUGAAACUUGGAUUCCUGGCGCGGAGCAUGCUAGCGGCCUGGACAACUUCCUUUCCAGCGGAGCUGAUGAAGCAUUCUCCGAGCUCAGCUUGGUCGAUUUGAACUUUGCACUCUACCGAUGCGACGCCGAGGAGAGAGACUCGAGUGACGGCCUGGAUGGGGUGUACAGCAUUCCCAAACAUGGCCCCCUAGUCUAUGCUGGUUUGCAAGGCUGGUGGAGUGUCCUCGAAGAUAUCAUCAAGUACAACCAGUUGGGGCAUCCGCUUUGCGAUCAUCUGCGAGAGGGUCAGUGGGCCUUAGAUUAUGUGGUCGGGCGCAUGGAAAAGGCUGCAUCCAAAGAAUGGUAUCCCGCUCUGCACAAGCCGGCCGCCUGGCUGCGUGAGAAGUUUGAUGCUGUUCGCGGUUUGCCUAGUUUCCUGCUCCCGCGGUACUUUGCAAUCAUUGUGCAGGUAGCCUACAAUGCUGCAUGGAAGACAGGUAUCCACCAGCUUGGUGACAGCGUGCGCCAUGGCCAGGAGUUCAUCCAUCAGCUGGCCAUGGUCAGUGUCCAGCAGACUGGCUAUGUGAAUUCUGCCUCUUUGUGGCCCACAAAGCAGGUCCCCAGUCUCGCAGCCGGUUUGCCUCAUUUUGCUGUCGACUGGGCGAGAUGCUGGGGCCGUGACGUGUUCAUUUCCAUCCGUGGCCUCUUCCUCUGUACAGGUCGGUUUGACGACGCCAGGGAGCAUAUCCUUGCUUUUGCGAGCGUGCUUAAGCAUGGUAUGAUUCCCAACCUUUUGAGUAGCGGCAAGUUGCCUCGGUACAACUCGCGUGACUCUGUCUGGUUUUUCCUGCAAGCAAUUCAGGACUAUACCAACAUGGCGCCUGAUGGCAUCAGCCUGCUACAAGAGAAGGUGCCUCGGAGAUUCCUGCCGUACGAUGACACCUGGUUCCCAUUCGAUGAUCCUCGAGCGUACUCCCACUCUCCCACGGUCCUCGAGGUCAUCCAAGAGGUGUUCCAGAGACAUGCUCAUGGCAUGUCAUUCCGGGAAUACAAUGCGGGGCCUGACCUCGAUGUUCAAAUGAAGCCUGAGGGUUUUCAAAUUGAUAUCAAGGUUGAUUGGGAUACUGGCAUCAUCUUUGGUGGCAGUCAGAACAAUUGCGGCACAUGGCAGGAUAAGAUGGGGGAGAGCGAGAAGGCUGGAAAUAAAGGCAUCCCUGGCACACCUCGUGACGGUGCUUCGAUCGAAAUCACUGGUCUUGUCUACAGUGCUCUUGCAUGGGUGACGAAACUGCACGAAUCCAAGCUGUACCCGCAUGCAGGAGUCGACAUUGGCGAGGGUAAAUCGAUCGCUUUCAAGGAGUGGGCGGGAAAAAUCAAGGCCAACUUCGAACGCUGCUACUUCAUUCCCACUGACCCCAAGGACGACAGCCAAUACGACGUCGAUGCUAGCAUCAUCAACCGUCGCGGCAUCUAUAAGGACCUCUACAAGUCUGGCAAGCCUUUCGAGGAUUAUCAGCUUCGUGGCAACUUCCCCAUCGCCAUGGCCGUAGCGCCGGAACUCUUCACACCAGAAAAGGCCCUGCUCGCUCUAUCCAUUGGCGACUCUGCAAUUCUGGGCCCGGUCGGCGUUGCCACCCUCGACCCAUCAGAUCUCAACUAUCGCCCGUACUACAAUAAUUCCGAGGACUCCACGGACUUCGCGACUUCGAAGGGCCGGAACUACCACCAAGGCCCUGAGUGGGUCUGGCAGCGCGGUUAUUUCCUCCGUGCUCUGCUGCACUUCGAUCUGCUGCGGCGCAAGACAGCCGAUGAGCGGAUUGAGUCUUUCCAGCAGAUCACCCGGCGACUUGAUGGGUGCAAGAAGGCUUUGCGAGAGAGUCCGUGGAAGGGACUGACAGAAUUGACGAACAAGAAUGGAGAGCACUGCGCGGACUCGUCACCCACUCAAUCAUGGUCCGCUGGCUGUCUACUUGAUCUGUACUAUGAUGCUGCAAGGCUUUCUUAG